GAGCCCAGUAGGGGCACAGGCCUGGGCACGCUGCCUUCUCCUCAUCAGGGAGGCUUCUUGCUGGUGGCCCAGGCGAGUGUGGGGCUGGUCUGGGGUCUCCAGACACUCACAGCAUGGAAUGGUCCCUCCGGCUCCUGGCCUGCCUGGUGGGCAUCCUCCCUAUAGGAUCAUUUGUGAGAACUAAAAGAGAUACUACCGGGAACUUGCUCAACACGGAGGUGCACAGUGCGCCGGCGCAGCGCUGGUCCAUACAUGUGCCGGCCGAGGUGAGCGCGGCGGCGGGCGAGGCGGCCGUGCUGCCCUGCACCUUCACGCACCCGCACCGCCACUACGACGGGCCGCUCACCGCCAUCUGGCGCUCGGGCGAGGCGUACGCGGGCCCGCAGGUGUUCCGGUGCGCGGCGGCGCGGGGCAGCGAGCUCUGCCAGACGGCGCUGAGCCUGCACGGCCGCUUCCGGCUGCUGGGCAACCCGCGCCGCAACGACCUGUCGCUGCGCGUCGAGCGCCUCGCCCUGGCCGACGACGGCCGCUACUUCUGCCGCGUCGAGUUCGCCGGCGACGUCCACGACCGCUACGAGAGCCGCCACGGCAUCCGGCUCCGCGUGACCGCCGCCCCGCGGAUCGUCAACCUCUCGGUGCUGCCCGGUCCGGCGCACUCCUUCCGCGCGCUCUGCACGGCCGAGGGGGAGCCGCCUCCCGUCCUAGACUGGUCUGGCCCGGGCCUGGGCAACGGCUCGGCCGCCGUGCCGGGCCCGGGUCAGGGACUGGGUCACGGCCACCAGGUGACCGCCGAGCUGCCCGCGCUGGUCCAUGACGGCCGCUACACGUGCACGGCGUCCAACAGCCUGGGCCGCGCGGAGGCCAGCGUCUACUUGUUCCGAUUCCACGGCGCCUCCGGGGCCUCGGCGCUCGCCCUGCCGCUCGGGGCGCUCGGCCUCAAGGCGCUGCUGCUGCUAGGCGUUCUGGCCGCCCGCGCCGUCGCCCGCCGCCGCCCAGAGCACCCAGUUGCCCAGGACACCCCACCACGGCCCCAGGCUCAGGAGUCCAACUAUGAGAAUUUGAGCCAGAUGAGCCCUCGGGACCCAGCAGCAGCCACAUGUUUACCGUGAGGAGCCCCUUGGCCACUGGCAUCCUCUUGUACAGCAUGAGGAGCGAAGGCCAAUGCCAGGCUCGGCUGGGACAGCCCUUCCUGGCUGCCAGCCACCUUGGCAGCCCCUUGCCAGGCAACCCCCCACAAAGGGAGUCCAGACCCCAUUCUCAGAGGCUCAGUGGUUUCUUACGUGGAUGUCUGUCCCAGAGCCCCCAUCACUGGGACCAGCAUUUUGAAAGAAUCUGUAUGUGUGUGUACGUGUCUGUGCGUGUGUGCGUGAGCUCAGCGUGAAGCUCACAGACAAGUUCUGGCCCUUUCUUACAUAGAACACCAUCAUAAAACGGGCAAGACACUGGUCAGAGGGGCUCCCAGGCUCUGACUUGCUGUGUCAACUAGGGCAUGUUUUUACCUCUCUGAGUCUCAGUUUGUCCAUUCUGGAACAUGGACAAUAAUCUUUCCUCCUGGCUGCUAGGACUAUCAAGAUCUGAAGAAAUAAUGGAUGUGAAGGGACUUCGCGAAGUACAGAACCAUGUACAGAUGUGGCGGCGGUG